CUACCAACCAUCAACCCCGACCAUGAGAUAGGACUGAUACUGCUGCACAGAUGCUAGAUUAGUAUGCUGUUAGGCUGUAUCAUACUAAUGAAAGCGAUGAGAUGCACUAAUAUCUCAUUUAAAACAAGCAACGAAGGCCCGUGAAUAGAUACUAAGUACUACUUCACUUACUAUCUAAGAGGUUACCAUGUCAUCGACCGAUGUAUACUCUGCCGAACCCGCUUUGCCUCGCCUUGCUACUUCGUUUCUUUCCCGACCCGAGACGGAAGACUCGAGCUUAAAGUCUCGGGAUGACCCCUCUCAGAGAUGGAAUCUGCGACGGGACAUGGAAGCCGGUAUUCAGCGUGGUGCAAACGGUGUUUUCAAAUGCGGAACCGUCAUUGGAUUCUCGAAGCUGAGGGGGAAGAUAAGAGACGAUGACUUUGAAUGCGUUGGAGAGGUCCCACGACUUCUUCUUAGUUCCCUGCUCUGGCAAGAGACAGAGAGUUCUGUUUUCAUCAUCCAUCCGUCCAAUUACGCUGCCUUUGCGCCCGAGACGCUCCUCGCUUCUCUCCUGACGAGCCCUCAUCACCAGCCAGCUCCGACUCGCGAGCACGCCAUCCAACGACUCAACAACGUCCAACUGCUGUCCAUCUUCGAUCUCCCCAGCGCUGUACGCGCCAUCAGCAGCGUGUCCGAGAGACUCAAUGAGCUCCAAAAGUCGAGGCGUACCUCGCCGGUUCUCUUCAUCAUUGCGGGACUCGACACCUUCACCGAAGCGACCAUCCGAGCCUCGAAUCCAGUCAAGGGGGCAGCUCUGCUCCAAUCCACGCUGAGGACAUUGACUAGAUUGUCGCGCGUGUACGCUGCUUUUCUCUCCGUGAUGCUUGUCAACACCAGCGGUGUGGGGAAAUCCCCGGGGACAGGAACUCCAUCAGAUCCAAGUUCAGACCACAUCCAUUCAGUCUUUCAUACCGUGGGCAGCCUUUUCCCAACCCUGUUGAUGAGAACCCUCGACCAAGGCAUCGAUACACACCUCUUGCUUUCGACGGUCAAAGGCGCGCAGGUCGUCGAGGUGGUCAAGGACCGUGUAGGUGAUGGGGUGGGUAAAUGGUGUAUUUGGAAGGCAUAGAUGGGCAUAGCCAUACAGGAAUAUAAGAUGGUACAUUCGACUAUUCUAUUUAAUAGCCAUCAUAAUACUACACUU